AUGAGCGGCCUCACCAGCCAGCCCAACCUGGGCGCCAUUGUCAACAGCCUGGCGGGCACAGCCCUGGACACCGGCAUAAGCCAGGCUGGCCUGCUGCGACUUAGCAACUACUGGGAGGCCACCCGGGAGCUGUACGCGCCCUUCGAGUCCAACAUGCGGUACAGCAGCAGUGACGUGUACUACCACGAGAUGCCCGGCGGGCAGUACACCAACCUCAAGUUCCAGGCCGCGUCACUCGGCCUGGGUGACAGCUGGGGCAAGGUGCAGCAGGCGUACGCGGCCGCCAACAGGGCGCUGGGCGACAUUGUCAAGGUCACGCCCUCCAGCAAGGUUGUGGGUGAUCUGGCUCAGUUCAUGGUCCAGAAUGAUCUGAACGAGCACACCCUGGUCGAGAGGGCGUCAGAGCUCUCCCUGCCCGGCUCCGUGGUGGAGUUCAUGCAGGGAUACAUCGGGCAGCCGCCCGCCGGCUUCCCCGAGCCCCUCCGCUCCCGCCCCCUAAACCCCACUCCCACCCGCACUAUCACCCUAGAUUGUUAA